AUGGAACCAGUUGAAAAAGAAUUUAGUGCCUUAGGAGGCCUAUUUCAGCACAUCAUAUCGGAUUUAAAAAAUAGCUCACCAGUAUGGGAAGAUUUUCUUAUAAAGGCAAGCAAAUUCCAUGCACAGUUAAAAUCAACUAUACUGGCCUCUACUUCAUUUUUGGAUUCAUUCCAAAAAAUUGCUGAUAUGGCCACGAGUACUAGAGGUGCUACUAAAGAAAUUGGAUCCGCAUUAACACGAUUGUGUUUGAGACAAAGAAGUGUGGAAGCCAAAUUGAAAAUUUUUUCAAAUGUACUGCAAGAGGCUUUAGUUAGUCCUUUGCAAGAAAAGCUUGAAGAAUGGAAGAAAACUGCAAGUAAUUUAGAUAAAGAUCAUUCAAAAGAGUACAAGAGAGCCAAACAAGAAUUGAAGAAGAAAUCUUCAGAUACUUUGAGGCUUCAAAAGAAAGUCAGAAAAGUUGGUGUGAUUGACAUUCGGCGUACUUUAGAUUAUGCACUUCAAGAUGUUACAGACAAGUAUCUCUUACUAGAAGAAAUUGAAAAACAGUCGGUCAGAAAAGCUUUAAUUGAAGAGCGAAGUCAUUUUUGUCUCUUUGUUGGAUAUCUACAGCCUGUUUUAGAAUCUGAGCUUGCAAUGUUACAUGAAAUUAACCAUAUACAAGAAAUCAUUGAUACUUUAUCAAAAAUUACCGGUGACCCGCAUGUAUUACCUUCAACUAGUGAGCAAGUGAUAACUGAUGUAAAAAAGGCUGAAAAUACAUGGUCAUUUCAUGUGAGUCCUCCUGGCUCCCCACAUUCCCUUGGUUCUCGAAAGUCAAGUGUAUGCAGCAUCAGUAGCAUUAACAGUUCGUCCAGUGGAAGUUUAAAAUCUCACUCAUCUAGACAUUUCUCACAUUUCCAGACCUUGGGGAGGAAACAUUUAAAUAGUGUUGCAUCACAUGAUUCUGGUUUUACAUCACAAGAUACACUAUUUAAUAACAGCUCAACAGCACCUAUAGAGAAUUUUUCUCAGCUUUCCACAUUUCAAGAAUCUGGAUCAACUCACAGCACACCUUCAUCUCCUGUUCCAUCAGUGACUGCAACUUGGCCAAGUUUGCAGGAACCUGCAAUGCCCGAAAAGGAACCUGUUAAUUUAUUGAAUAGAUACCAAAGACCUCAUACAAUAUCAUCUGCAUAUGAAAAAUCUAAUCACAGUAGGCCUGCUCUGACUGUACACACUUUUCUGCCACUGGAUCAAGGUACUGAUUUUAGAGAUAAUUACUGCUCCGUAGGAACUUUUAAAUCACUUGGAAAUAAAUUUAAAGAUCGUAAUUGGAGAAGUCAACCUGGUACACCAGUAUACAGCCGCCCUUCUCUACCCGAAAGGAUUGAUGACAAUUCCAGAUCGAAGCCAUCCAUUCCUGAAAAAUCAGCUUCCAUCAAAGCAAAACAUGACAAAUUAUUUAAUGAGCCAAAUAAAAGCCUGCCUGAUUUUAACAGAACUCCAUAUGAUCAAGUUGUGCCGCAUCCAAUCUAUGCCAACACUUCAGAGUUGACUGCAAUGUGUUCUUCUAACGAAGAACUGAGCUCCAGCAGGGCAGAAAAUAAAGAGGUUAAAAACCGAAAGGAAUUUGCUGCAGUACUAAAUGAAGGACUUCGUUUGCAAACGAGAUGGUCUAGAAUAGAUGGAUCAAUAUCCGAAACUGAAGUUGCUCCUGCAAUUCCAAAGCACUGUCGACCAGCAGUAGGAACUAGUGAAACGUUACCAAGAUCAAGAGGAAGUUUUUCUGGAGAACAAAUUUUAGAAUGGCAGAUGUCUUUAACAAAUGAAGAAUUUCUCAUGAAUCAUACUGGUAAUCAACGGAGACCAAUGUCAAUAGCAGGUAUUUCAAGUGGUUUUCUUUUGCCUCGUAAAGCAAACACGUUGCAACGUGUUGGCUCAUCUAAUGGACCCAAGCCGCCAACUCCAGUACGAAGAUCAUCUUCAAUUACUUCAACGAGUCAUUCAAAGCUAAGUGAGGGAAAUAAUCUGAGUAAAAAUAGCAAUUCUCCGCAGUCUCUUAGUAGUGGUGCAGGAGAAAUAAGAUAUUCUCCAAAUUUACGGGAAUUCAAAAGUAAAUCAGCUUUACCUUCCCCUCAGGAAAAAUUUGGGCAUUCUCUCAGGCAUGUUGAAAUGAAUAAAUCUCCUAGUUCAAGUAUUUAUGGUGCUGUGAACAGAGAGUCUUCGUCCAGCUCAGAAAAUAUUGUGACUGACGUAUCGGAUAGCAGAGCACGUUUGAUACACGACUUAAAUUUUGCUCUUCAACAGCAACCACAAAAACCUAACAAUAAAAAGCAAAAUCAAAUUGAGGCUCCUGCAGUCCCACCAAGAAAUACUUCCAAACAUGAAGCAAAUCGUGAGCAAAGUCCUAAAUUUGAAGAGAGGUACAUAGCUGAAAAUGUCUUGUAUGGACAGGUGUUAAAAAACGAAAGGUCAAGUCAUUCUUUUUGUGCUAAACCUAUGACAUCACAAAGCGUUCAUCGGCAAUUCCACCAAAAACCACGUCUAAAAGAAUGUCUAUCACAAGGAGACUUGCUACACUGUGCAAAAGAUUGGGACAGGUCUCAUGAACAGAAAAAUGGCAACGAUCUUCCUGAUAACGAAAAGCUUUUAAAAAGAUCAUUUGUCGCUGCUCUUAAUGCCAAAUUAGCUGAACACCAAAGACAAAGUCAAAUCGAGACACAAGAUGAACAACAAAGAAUUCCUUGGAAUCUAAAAAAUGAUAAGAACUAUCAUACUUGGAAUUCUGGAUAUCAUCGCUUGCAGCCGCAAAUAUGCCGUGAGUCAUUAAUGGACCAGAUAAAACGUGGCACGAGACUGCGGAGAGUGACUUCCAAUGACAGAUCUUCUCCAAGAUUAGCGUGA